AAACCUUCACAAACUCCGACGUACUAUUCAUUCAAUCAAGUUUUGUUGCAAAACCAGAUUUGUUCAUGGAGUAGAUGCAUAGAUUUGACUAGAAUCGAAGAAAAAAGAGAGGAAAAUCCAAGAUUUUUUUCAUCAUAGAAAGCAAAAAAAGAUGGGUUCAUCAAACACAGUGAGAAAGCUACAAGUGGUUUCACCAGUACCAGCAGACAUAGACAUUGCGAACUCUGUUCAACCUCUCCACAUCUCCGAGAUUGCCCAAGAACUCAAUCUCAGCCCCAACCACUACGACCUUUAUGGCAAAUACAAAGCCAAGGUGCUGUUAUCAGUGCUUGAUGAAGUCAAAGGAGGUGGAGAUGGGUAUUAUGUGGUGGUUGGAGGAAUUACUCCAACACCUCUCGGAGAAGGCAAGUCCACAACUACUGUUGGUCUCUGUCAGGCUUUGGGAGCUUUUCUUGAUAAAAAGGUUGUCACUUGCCUUCGCCAACCUUCGCAAGGACCAACUUUUGGAAUCAAAGGUGGUGCAGCUGGUGGUGGUUACAGCCAAGUGAUCCCAAUGGAUGAGUUCAAUCUUCAUCUGACUGGUGAUAUCCAUGCCAUUACUGCUGCAAACAAUCUUCUAGCUGCUGCAAUAGAUACACGAGUUUUCCAUGAAUCAACCCAAAGUGAUAAGGCUCUUCUCAACCGGUUAUGCCCUCCAAACAAAGACGGCAAACGGAGCUUUAAUGACAUCAUGUUUAGGCGCCUCAAAAAGCUUGGUAUUUCUAAGACCAAGCCCGAGGAUCUUACCCCACAAGAAGUCAAGAAGUUUGCUAGGCUUGAUAUAGAUUCUGAUUCCAUCACGUGGAGGAGAGUUAUGGAUGUUAAUGACCGGUUCUUGAGGAAGAUAACCAUCGGUCAAGGCCCUGAAGAAAAAGGGAUGGUGAGAGAAACUGGAUUUGAUAUCUCAGUUGCUAGUGAGAUAAUGGCAGUUUUGGCCCUUACAACUUCUCUAGCUGAUAUGAGAGAGAGACUAGGGAAUAUGGUGAUUGGAAAUAGCAAGGCUGGUGAGCCUAUUACUGCAGAUGAUCUUGGAGUCGGAGGUGCUUUGACCGUGCUCAUGAAAGACGCUAUUAACCCCACUUUGAUGCAGACUCUUGAGGGAACCCCAGUUCUUGUCCAUGCAGGUCCUUUCGCCAAUAUUGCUCAUGGUAAUUCCUCUGUUGUGGCUGACAAGAUUGCGCUAAAGCUGGUGGGACCGGGCGGUUUUGUUGUUACAGAAGCUGGCUUUGGUGCUGAUAUUGGGACUGAGAAGUUUAUGAAUAUAAAGUGUAGAUAUAGCGGCUUGACGCCUCAGUGUGCUGUUAUCGUGGCAACAAUUAGGGCUCUGAAAAUGCAUGGUGGGGGGCCUGAAGUUGUAGCAGGGAAGCCUCUUGACCGUGCCUACUUAACUGAGAAUGUGGCUCUGGUUGAAGCUGGUUGCGUGAAUCUGGCUCGGCACAUUUCUAACACAAAGGCUUAUGGUGUCAGUGUUGUGGUUGCCAUUAACAUGUUCUCUACAGAUUCGCAAGCAGAACUAAAUGCUGUUAGAACAGCAGCAAUUUCUGCUGGGGCCUUUGAUGCUGUAAUUUGUACUCAUCAUGCACACGGUGGAAAAGGAGCGGUGGACCUUGGCAUUGCAGUUCAAAAAGCAUGUGAGAAUGUCUCACAGCCCUUAAAAUUUUUGUACCCUUUGGAUAUUAGCAUCAAAGAGAAAAUAGAGGCAAUAGCAACGUCUUACGGUGCCAGUGGGGUUGAGUACUCAGAGCAGGCUGAGAAACAGAUAGAAAUGUACAGCAAGCAAGGAUUCUCUACUCUGCCGAUCUGUAUGGCAAAAACCCAAUAUUCAUUCUCACACAUUCCUUCCGAAAAAGGAGCACCAAGCGGAUUUGUCUUGCCAAUCAGGGAUGUAAGGGCAAGCAUUGGAGCUGGCUUCAUUUAUCCUUUAGUUGGAACGAUGAGCACAAUGCCUGGGCUUCCUACAAGGCCUUGUUUCUAUGAUAUUGAUAUUGAUACCACCACUGGUAAGGUUAUCGGUCUAUCUUGAAGGUCAUGUAUGAGUCAUUGAAUUGAAGAUGAUAAAUUUUACUGGCAAUUCCUUAAUGGGAAUUUUAUUGGAUGGAGCUGGCUGAUUUAGGUCCUCCUCACCACAGUUAUUGCUUUUGGUGCUACACUUUGCCCAUUGUGUGUUUUGUACAAGUGACAUAACUUGAGAAUAAAGAUAAAAUUCAUGUUCUACCAUUUCUGAUA